ACCGUCAGAAACUUUGACAAUUUUUCGUCAUUAGCGCUACUGAAUUAUGAACUUGUGGAGUUGGAAUUCAUGUACUUUGAUCCUUCGUAGUGUAUUGAUACAGCUAGUCUGAAAUUAAAUUGAGAAUAUACUCUAAAAAGAUGCUUUGCAAUAGGACGAGACACGUUAUUCAUGGGUUUUCCAGCCAAGCUAGAAGACUCCAAAGUACCCUGGUAAUAGCUGAACAUGAUAACAAAAGCCUUUCUCCAAUUACACAAAAUGCUAUUACAGCCGCGAAGAAAUUGGGUGGUGAAAUUACUGUUUUAGUAGCAGGUGUCGAAUGCAAGCCAGCUACAGAAGCAAUAGCAAAAGCUUCUGGCUUAUCAAAAAUCUUAGUAGCAGAAAGUGAAGCUUUCAAAGGGUUCACCCCUGAGAGCUUAACACCUCUCAUUGUGGACCUGCAAAAGAAAUCUAGUUUCACCCAUAUCAUAUCUGGAGCUUCUGCAUUUGGAAAAGCGCUACUUCCCAGAGUUGCAGCCAAACUUGAUGUAUCCCCUGUAUCUGAUAUAAUAGGUGUACAGUCUCCGGAUACUUUUGUUAGAAGCAUAUAUGCAGGUAAUGCAAUUCAGACUGUCACAGCUAAGGAUCCUAUCAAGGUAAUCACAGUACGUGGUACAAAUUUUGAAGCUGAUAAGUUAGAAGGAGGAUCAGUCCCUCAAGAAACAGUACCAGGUGAUUCCUUUAAAACGGACUUGACUGAAUUCAUAAGCCAAGAACUGAGCAAGUCAGACAGACCGGAUCUUGCUAGUGCUAAUGUAGUUGUUAGCGGAGGUAGGGGAUUGAAAUCUGGAGAUAAUUUCAAGUUGUUAUAUGAUUUAGCUGACAAACUCAAUGCAGCCGUUGGUGCAUCUAGAGCAGCUGUCGAUGCUGGUUUCGUACCAAAUGAUUUACAAGUGGGUCAAACAGGGAAAAUCGUUGCUCCUGACCUAUAUAUAGCUGUAGGAAUAUCAGGUGCAAUUCAACAUUUAGCUGGAAUGAAAGAUAGCAAGACUAUAGUUGCAAUUAACAAAGAUCCCGAAGCUCCAAUCUUCCAAGUUGCCGAUUACGGAUUAGUUGCUGAUCUAUUCAAAGCAGUGCCUGAACUAACUGAAAAAUUGAAGUGAUUAUGAGAUUUUAUUUUUUUUAAAUGUGUUUUUGCAUUUAUAGAAUUUAUCAAAAAUAUAUAUUUUGAAGAAGAAA